AUGCUACGCAAGUUACUGGACGAGUUUUGGCGUAUCGCAAAUCCAUUUACGCAGAAUUCAGAGGAUAUGACUACGGAGGAGAUGGAAAAACAAGCAAGUUUUGAAUCCUUUGACUACUACAAACCAUACCCAUCCAUGUACAUGAAGCAUCUCCGUAAACAUUAUGCCAUGCGCACAAGCGCCGCUUUUGCAAUGGAUGGAACAUCUACCACAACCACAAAUACAACGAUGAAUAAUACGGUUUCACCGGCCGUGGAGGAGCUGGUGGUGGAUAAUAGCGAUGUAUCACACCACAACAUUGAUGGGACUAGUGUAAAUGUACUGAGUAUGGUCAAGAAGUACGAUGCCGACGAGCGCAAUGAGGCACUGCGAUGGAUCCUUCACGUUCUUAUUGCCAUUUCUGUUGGUAUAUUGGCAACGAUCAUCUCGUAUACUGUGGAAAUUGUAGAUGAUUACCGUGCUGCUCAGCUUUACAAACUUAUCACAGAGCACUCCGUGAUUGGUCGCAUUAUUGGCUACGUUUUCUCCAUUGCUGUAUCGAUGGCGCUUGUCGUGGUGGCAACAGCCGUUGUUGUGUUUUUUGAACCAGCUGCGGCGGGCGGUGGCAUACCGGAUGUUAUAGCCUACCUGAACGGCGUGCAUGUGCCCCAUGCAAUGAAUUUUCGUACUUUUGUUGCGAAGAGCAUAUCUUGUAUGUGUGCGGUGGCUGGAGGGCUACCGGUAGGACUUGAGGCGCCAUUGAUUCACCUUGGCGCCAUCACGGGGGCGGGGGUGACGCAGGGCCGUAGCCGCACAUUAGGGUUUCAAACAAAGCUUUUUCAGGCGUUCCGUAACAACAAGGACCGAAGAGAUUUUAUCACUGCAGGAGCCGCAUGCGGUGUGAGCGCCGCAUUUGGGGCGCCGAUUGGUGGUUUGCUUUUUGUAAUGGAGGAGGUUUCGAGCUUUUGGGAUCACAGUGCAAGUGGGCAGAUUUUUCUUGCCACAAUGAUUUGCUUCACGACGAUUAGUAUGAUUCGCUCCGUACUGGAGGACCAGCGUUUGCUUGGGUGGGUCUCAAAUGCUGUUUCCGUUCUCUUUGAGGUGAAUUUGACGAUCCCGCUCAACUUGUUAUCGAUUGUGCCGUCGUUUUUUCUUGGUAUUUUUUGUGGGGCGUUUGCCGCCGUCUUCACAAAAGUAAAUCUCAUGCUUUUAAAGUACCGACGCCGACGUCUACGUCCUUUUGUGCUCUGUCGGUUUCUCGAGCCCCUUAUCAUUGUACUGUUGUACGGCACACUCUCUUAUAUGUUGGCACUCGUGCCGGACUGUCGCCCGAUGUACGAAAUGAAUAGUAAGAACGGGACGUUUUUCUGGGGUACGGAAAACCGAACGCGGCUUUUUACGGCGACAUGCGCAAAGGCCGACGAGUACGCUCCACUCGCAACACUCACAAUGGGGAACGGAAAGGACAUUAUUCGGCAUCUUCUUUCACGACAAACAAUAGGGGAAUUUCCUGCUGCAUAUAUUCUGCUUUUUCUCAUAAUAUACACCGUAUUUGCAUGUUUGUCGAGCGGGAUGGCAGUGUCUGGUGGAUUGGUAGUGCCGAGCCUUGUCAUUGGCGCCGCCUUUGGGAGGCUGUAUGGGCAGUUAAUAUGGUUUAUGGCCGUAAGUGGGAACGAAUCUGAGCGCAGUUAUAGGGCUUCCCAGGCCUGGUUGGAUCCUGGUGUCUUUGCGCUGAUUGGCGCCGGCGCCUUUUUCUCUGGUACAUCCCGCAUGACAAUGUCUAUUUGCGUUAUUAUGGUGGAACUUUCUUCUGAGUUGCACUAUCUGCUUCCUGUCAUGGUCGCUAUCAUUAUGUCCAAGACUGUGGCCGACCUUAUUAGUGAACCCCUUUACCAAUAUAUGCUGCGCCUGGACUCCGUGCCGUAUCUUCAGGCGCACCUGCUGCGUCCGGGGUUUGAGCAGCUGACGGCUGCAGACGUGAUGGCAUCGAAUGUUUUGACGCUUCGACUGCGGGAAAAGACACCUGUCGUAUUGAAUGCACUGCGAAACACGACGCAUCAUGCCUUUCCAGUGGUAGAGGAAGUGCGAGAGGAAAAAACAGACGAGGAUAGUUUUAGGGAGGCUGAAACGCGUGGCAAAAGGGCGAAAUUCAGGGAAGAAGAGGAGAGACGUGUGCGACACAAGUUUGUCGGUCUUGUCACACGUGAAGAUGUUCAGAUUUAUCUGACACUCCCUGCACUGCAGAUUCCCAACCAGACGAGUGAUCAUUCCGGUGUGUGCAGUCAUGGCUCUAAUGCUGAGCUUGCGCCCAGUGUGCUCGCUGUCAACAAGAUGACGUGGACCGAGUGGCUGACUCACAAGACGUCCCUCUUCUUUGUCUUUGGGGGCGCUAGGUGGUCGGAGAUGUGGACGAAGAAUAACAGCAAGGAUGGAAUUGCCGAGGACAAUCAAAUCCACGCCAACGAGAAUAACAGCCAUAACAGCAGUGGCGAUACCCCCAAUCCGUUUUUUGUGGAUGUGCGACGCCUGCCGCCAGUUCUUGACUUUUCGCUCAUUGUUAACCGCAGCCCAUGGGUGAUCCCACCGUUUUUCAACCUGCAGAUGGCGUAUCACACCUUCCGCAUGAUGGGGCUGCGACACAUGGUUGUUGUGGACGGUGACGCUGUCGUGGGCAUCAUCACGCGAAAGGAUCUUCUUGUCGACACGCUCUUACGACGUCUGCGUGGACUUCAGGGAGAGAGUAAUGGCGGUAACACACAAAAAACGUCGCUGGCGUCACCAUUAUUGCCUUUUGAACUUAACGGGGGUAACGACUCGCCGCGGUCGCGGACGGAGGCUCAUUCGCGGACAUUUCAUUCCUCCCUUGCUCAUUCGUCCGAAACAGAUGUCCCUGAUCUGCUUUUUCUGGAGUCUUAUCCCAAGAGCUCUGGCCCCCCAAAGUAG